AAGCUGCUGUUUUAACUCAUGUCAAACUAUCAGCAGUCAGUCAUCUAUUAGAUCUCAGUGAUUACCUGUAGUAGUUGCGUUUCUGACCCUUCACUCCCUUCUGUCUCGUUCUAAUGUCCGGAUAGCGCUCUCGGAGGCUCAGCAGGGGCGAUGGGGGUGUUUUGGCGUUUGUUUUGGGGUUUGAUUUGGUUCGGAGUUUCUGCAAAUCGUGCAGGAUCUCCUGUGUUUUCUGAUGAGAUCCCCUUCAAAAUCAAAUGGCCCGGAUCAGACUUCACCCUGUCAACAUCUGGAGGCCUGUACAGAAAAGAUAACUAUGUUAUUAUGACAACUGCGGAAAAAGAAAAGUACAAGUGUUUAUUGCCAUCUUUGUCCAGCAAUCAGGAGGGUGAUGCGAAGGAGUAUAGCGGACCGAGUCCAGCUAUGCUACUGGAGCCGUUAUUCAAACAGAGCAGCUGCUCCUACAGAAUCGAGUCAUACUGGACAUAUGAAGUGUGCCAUGGGAAGCAUAUACGGCAGUACCAUGAGGAGAAGGAGACGGGGCAGAAGAUCAACGUUCAGGAAUACUAUCUGGGGACCAUGAAUAAAAAAGAGAGUGCAGAGUCAGACACUGAUAAAUCUGGAGACUCUGAAAAAGAAGCAUCAAACACAGACACAGAGGUGCCAAUGAAGAAUAUAGAGGGUCAGCUCACGCCAUACUUUCCUGUAGAGAUGGGACAUGGGACUGAAUGCUCUGUGAGACAGAAUGAACCUCGCACUACCACAGUGCUGUACGUCUGCCACCCGGAGGCAAAGCAUGAGAUCCUCACAAUCGCUGAGGUCGUCAGCUGUCAGUAUGAAGUGGUGGUGCUCACACCUCUCCUCUGUCCUCACCCCAAUUACAGGUUCAAGUCCUCCCCAGUGAACGACAUCUUUUGUCAGGCUCUGGGUGGUUCCCCUCUCAGACCUCAGAGUCUGUCCCAGCUGGAUCGUGAACAGGAAGAGCUGCUCAAACCACCGUUCAGCUCAAGCAUCGAACGGGACUUGAGGGGAUCCAGGGAGGACAAACCUCCAGUGAAGGAAGAGGCGUAUACCUCUACCCAUAAGCCCCUGACAGUGGGCGGUCAAGCCCAGGUCACCGUUGGCACCACUCACAUCUCUCGUCUAACUGAUGAACAGCUGAUCAAGGAGUUUCUGAGCGGCUCGUACUGUCUGCACGGGGGGGUUGGAUGGUGGAAGUAUGAAUUUUGUUAUGGAAAACAUGUACACCAGUAUCAUGAGGAUAAAGAGCAAGGAAAGAACAUUGUGGUGGUGGGCAGCUGGAUCACUGAGGAUCAUAUGAACUGGGCCAAGAAAAACGUGGCACGAUCUUAUCAUUUAAAAGACGAUGGAGUGCAGAAAGUCAAGAUCGUUUCUCACUUCUAUGGCCAUGGAGAUGUUUGCGACCUAACAGGGAAACCGAGACAGGUUGUAGUCAAGCUUAAGUGUAAGGAGUCAGACUCUCCUCAUGACUCUCCUCAUGCUGUUACAGUUUACAUGCUGGAACCUCAGACCUGUCAGUAUAUUCUUGGGGUUGAGUCUCCUGUAAUAUGCAAGAUCUUGGACACUGCAGAUGAAAAUGGAUUUCUUUCAAUCCCUAGCUAGCCUGCAUGAUUGGUACAGAGAUGGAGGAAUGAACAGUUGCUUGAAGAAGAGGGAGAGAUAAAGGUCUGAUAAAGUCUGGUUCAAU